AUGUUUGCGAUACGGUCAUCCGCUUGGCGAUUGACUUCUUCUGUGGCCUUGGGUCCCGUGCAAGCUUUUCAAUUACGAUCAGCCUCCCAAAACUCUUUCCAACGCCGUUCUGCGUAUACGCCAUUCCCCGCGAUAAUGGAAAACAAUCCCAGGAAACAAUUCGACGGCAAGAAGAAGUUCAAGAAGGCCAAGGUCGACAAGAACAAGAGCAGUGGACACGAUGAAGUUCUUUUGUGCGAUAUCAUUAACCUUCUGAAGCGCAACGCACCCGAACAGGAUGAGACCAAUGGCGAAAGCGCCCCCCACACCGUCCCGGAGAAGUUCACUGAGAUCGAUGUAAAGAUUCUCGAACUUUCAUCCACUGGUGAUGGUCUAGCGCUAUCCGAGAACAAGAAAUAUGUAUAUGUUGUUCCAUUCACAGUCCCCGGCGACACCGUCAAGGUCAAGGUCGUUAAACACUUCGAGCCAUUGUCGUACAGUUUGACCGAUUUCGUCAAAGUCAUCGAGCCAGGUCCCCAAAGAAAUGAUUCGUUGAUCAAUUGCAAAUACUUCGGGGAGUGCUCAGGAUGUCAACUCCAGAUGAUGUCCUACGACGACCAGCUUGCACACAAGCGUCGCAUCGUGGAGAAGGCAUAUGCCAAUUUCUCUGGAUUGAUUCCAGAGCUUGUACCUACAAUUGGCGAAACAUUUGCCUCGCCAAUGCAGUUUGGAUAUCGCACAAAGCUCACGCCCCAUUUCGCACAUGGCGGCGCCAGCAAAAAGGCAGACGAGGAGGCGCCCGUUCCCCCAAUUGGAUUCACAUACAAGAACCGACGCCUGGAUAUGGACAUCGAAGAUUGUCCUCUAGGAACGGAUAUUGUUCGCCGCGGCCUCACCACCGAGCGCAAGCGCGUUGCGGAAAAUAUCCGCUCCUACAAGAGAGGUGCUACCCUUUUGAUGCGAGAGACAACCGCACGCAUUCCCAAGGAACCUUCAACAGCCACCGAAUCAGAGACACCAAAUGUUGAGGGCAUUCCUGCCUCUGUAAACGCAGACACUGGUGAUGUCAUUCGUCUCGAUCGUGAGAACUACGUUGAAGAAAAGCGUUGCAUUACAGACAACAAUGCCACCUCUUUCGAAUACAUUGACGAUUACGUCUUCAGCAACAAAGCAGGCGCCUUCUUCCAAAACAACAACUCUAUUCUGUCCGGCUUCACAGAGUACAUCCGCUCACGAGCCAUUCCUCCUGGAAACGACCAGGACCCAAAGCCGAUCAAGUAUUUGCUCGACGCUUAUUCUGGCUCAGGCCUUUUCACUAUCACUCUCUCCCCACUGUUCAAGUCUAGCCUGGGCGUCGAUAUUGGCGGCGACUCCAUCAUUUCUGCACGCGAGAACGCGCGCGCAAACAAGCUUCCCAACACCGGUUUUGCUGCUGCUGAUGCCGCUACCUUGUUCAAGGAUGUCCCUUACCCACCUGACCAGACCUUGCUGGUCAUUGACCCUCCUCGCAAGGGAUGUUCUGAGGACUUCCUGCGCCAGAUGCUUGAAUUCAAGCCCCGUCGUGUUGUCUAUGUGAGCUGCAAUGUUCACACCCAGGCUCGCGACGUUGCUGUCAUGGUCCAGGGUGACGAGAAGCAGAAUGUUCGCUAUGAAAUUGAGAGCAUUCGUGGCUUUGACUUCUUCCCCCAGACUGGCCACGUGGAAGGUGUGGCCAUCCUCAACCGGACUGUUUUCCCUCAGGUUGAAAAUGUCUAA